AUGGGUAGGCAUUCUGUUGCUUUAGGGGGCUCUAAACAGUCAAGCGUGAGUUCUACUGGGAGUAGGCGUGUGUUGGCAGCUGCUUCUAGAGCCAGGUUGGAAGCAAAAUUACAGAAGUUGGAAGAGCUGCAAGCCAUAGAGCGAGAGGAAGAAGCCUUAAGACAGAGGAGGGAGAAGCUUAGGUUGGAGGCAGAGAUAGCUGAGGUGGUGGCAGAGGAGAAGGUUUUACAACAAUUUGACGAAAAUAAUAGAGAAAUAGCUCCCGUCACUAGGAUAAGGGAACACAUAGACCCUGACAUGGACAGGAGUGAACAACCCAUGGGCUUAGGUGCAGUAGCGCCUGAAGUUAGCUCAGGUGGGAAUAACCAAGGGGACUUAAGUAAUAAGGAAAUCUUGCAGACAUUAAUCUCUUGCAGCCUCAAAGGCUUGAUGCCCAAGCAGGAUAUGGCUAAGUUUGAUGGAGAUUAUACAAAGUACUUUAGGUUCAUCCGCUCAUUCGACGACAUAUUUAGCAGCCAGCUGACAAAUGAUAAGGAAAGGCUGAGGUAUCUGGAUUUAUACACAACAGGUAGGCCAAAUGAGAUAGUGGCAGCUUGCCUCCACUUAGAUGCUUCAGAGGGCUAUAGGCAGGCAAGAAAAUUGCUGGAGGAGCGAUACGGCAAUCUUGAGCAAAUAGCCACCGCAUACGUGGAUAAGGUAAUCGAAUGGAAGGACAUGGGGGAGAAUAAUGCAGAGGAACUUUGA